CAUAUAUAUUACCUGUUUUUCUUUCUUGAAAAUGGCACCGAAUUGGUGGGUGAAACCGGUGGUGGUGAAGAUGGAGAACCCAAAUAACUGGUCAAUGGUGGAGCUUCAUCAAGUUCCAUCUGCAGAGGAUUUCCUAAAUGAUAAGCGACGUGGUCGUAACAAGAACGCGAAACAGCUGACAUGGGUUCUACUUCUCAAAGCUCAUCGUGCCGCCGGCUGUAUUACAUCCAUUGCCUCCACCACAUUCUCCCUCUCUUACGCCGUUCGCCGCCGCGUGACAUCUGGCCUCACCGAUACAGAAACUGACAUCGGAAAACCCGUUACAACAUCCAUACGUUUUUAUACUUGCAUAAAGGCGUGUCUUUGGCUAUCUGUUAUAUUACUAGGGUUUGAGAUCGCUGCUUAUUUUAAAGGCUGGCAAUUCCGACCUCCUGAUCUCCAUUUACAGUAUUUAUAUACAUUAACAAACCCAUUUGCUUUUAAGGGUUUUUUUGAUUGGAUUUAUUCGAAAUGGGUUUUGAUCCGUGUCGAGUAUCUUGCUCCACCGCUACAGUUUGUGGCAAAUGUUUGUGUGUGUCUGUUUCUGAUUCAGAGUUUGGAUAGAUUUGUGCUCUGUUUGGGUUGUUUUUGGAUUCGAUUUAUGAAGAUAAAACCCAUUUCAAAACAAUCCCUACCUGAUCUUGAAUCUGGCGAUGGUGAUGGCUUUUUCCCUAUGGUUCUUGUACAGAUCCCCAUGUGUAAUGAAAAAGAGGUAUAUCAGCAAUCAAUUGGGGCAGUCUGUAGUUUAAAUUGGCCAAAAUCCAAGAUCUUAAUACAAGUUCUGGAUGAUUCAGAUGAUCCGACAGCCCAAUUGUUGAUCAAAGAGGAGGUUCAUAAAUGGAAACACAAUGGUGCUAAUAUUGUUUACAGGCACAGAGUGAUUAGAGAUGGAUAUAAAGCUGGUAAUCUUAAAUCUGCUAUGAAUUGUAGUUAUAUUAAAGAUUACGAAUUUGUUGCUAUUUUCGAUGCUGAUUUCCAACCCUCCCCUGAUUUCCUCAGAAGAACAGUUAUUCAUUUUAAGGAUAAUGAGGAAUUGGGAUUGGUACAAGCACGGUGGUCGUUUCUGAACAAGGAUGAGAAUCUACUAACGAGGCUACAAUAUAUUAAUCUCGCUUUCCAUUUUGAAAUUGAACAACAAGUGAAUGGGAUUUUCUUCAACUUUUUCGGGUUCAAUGGGACAGCGGGAGUGUGGAGGAUCAAGGCAUUGGAGGAUUCCGGUGGGUGGUUGGAGAGAACCACCGUUGAAGAUAUGGACAUUGCUGUUAGAGCUCACCUUCAUGGAUGGAGAAUGAUCUUUCUCAAUGAUGUAGAGUGCCAAUGUGAGUUGCCUGAAUCGUAUGAAGCUUACAGGAAACAACAACAUAGAUGGCAUUCAGGACCUAUGCAGUUGUUUAGGCUUUGCUUGCCUGCUAUUAUCGAAUCAAAGAUUAGUAUUUGGAAGAAAUGGAAUCUGAUAUUUCUCUUCUUCCUGCUAAGGAAACUUGUCCUGCCCUUUUACUGUUUCACCCUCUUCUGCAUCGUUCUCCCGAUGACGAUGUUCGUUCCCGAGGCCACUCUCCCAUCGAUCGUUAUUUAUUAUGUUCCCGUCACCAUGUCGUUUCUCAACAUCCUCCCUGCCCCCAAAUCUUUCCCCUUCAUCGUCCCUUAUCUCCUCUUCGAAAACACAAUGUCUGUAACCAAAUUCAACGCCAUGAUCUCGGGCCUUUUCCAACUUGGAAGUGCCUAUGAAUGGGUCGUCACCAAGAAAUCAGGCCGAUCAUCGGACGGCGAUCUCAUAUCGUUAAUCGAGAAAGAUCCUAAACAGAACUCGAGAGGGAUUUCAGAGCCGGAUUUGGAGGAGUUGCAGAAAAAGAUGAAAAAAGAAGAGAUGAAGGCUUAUAGAAAUAAGAAACACAAUAGGGUUUAUACAAAGGAGUUGAUGCUGGCAUUUCUUCUCUUGACGGCUGCUGCUCGGAGUCUUUUAGCGGCACGGGGAGUCCAUUUUUAUUUUUUGCUAUUUCAAGGAAUCGCGUUCUUUCUUGUUGGGCUGGAUUUGAUCGGUGAGCAGGUCGAGUAAAAACACCGUAAUUUGAACUGUUUGGUUGUUAAAAAGAUUGGUUUUUGGUAUGCAAGUUACCGUAACAAGCAAAUGAUCGGUCGCGGGAUGCAACCGGAAAAGAGGAAGCCGGUUGGGGGAAGGUAAUCGGAGAUAGACGAUUGUUUUUUAGUUGAAUGUGUUGAGAUAGAGGGGAAGAUUAGAUUGUUCAUGUGUAGGAGUGCAUCUUAUUUAGGUACUUUUAUUUGUUAGUCUAAAUUCUUCCAUGAAAUAGACAUUUUUUUGAGGUC